GCAUUUCCGCAAAGUUCAGGAGAAGAAGAAGGAAGAAGGAAGCGUCAACAAAUAAUUAAUCACUACGUGGCUGUAAACAUGGCUACAGGAGCGGAUCAGGUUGUUGGGAUGAGUCUGGUUCUGUUCAGCCUCCUGCUUUUCUCCUAUUACACCGUCUGGGUCAUAGUACUGCCUUUUGUGGACAGUGAUCAUCUCCUUCACAGAUAUUUCCUCCCUCGGGAAUACUCAGUCAUCCUGCCUGGAAUCGCUGCAGUCGUCCUGCUGCUGUGCAUAGGAGCCUUCACUGUCGUCGUUGUGUGGAAAAACCGUAAACCAAAGAAGGUGGACUGAAAUCGGGAUGUUUUUGGAGUUUCCUCUGCAGACUUUCUGACUGCCUUUAGUCCUGAAGGGAAAUCUGAUCUUUGGCUCCUCCUAGUGGUUGUUUCACAGAAGAUCGACUGUCCUGAUAGUUUGGAUCUUCUCAUCAUCUAAGCUUUUCUCCUCCCAGCUGUCAGACAUGCAGCCUUCAACCCUCAGAGCC